AUCCAAUUUCCUUCAUUCCAAACGAAUCCGUCAUCACAAGAACAAAUGGCGGCACCAUUACUGUUCAGGGCGAUUCCUAUCCUUCGUCUACGGUUACAUCACAAUCGUGUCGACAUCAGUACUCUCAAUCUCCGGCAACGUUUCUCCGAUGUCGAAACCACCGAGGAUUCAUCGUACGGCGGUCGGAGUAAGGCGUCGCUGAACGCCACCAAAGAUCCACUUAACUACUCGGAAUAUGAAACUUCCGAUUAUCGUAAAUGGAAAAACGAAGAAGAGAAAAUCCUCAGAGAUAUUGAACCUAUUACCUUUCUUGCGAAGGAAAUUAUACACUCCAACAGGUACAUGGAUGGUGAGCGGCUCACAAGUGAAGAUGAGAGUGUUGUGGUAGAGAAGCUUCUAGCUUACCAUCCUCAUUCUAAAGACAAAAUUGGAUGUGGACUAGAUUCUAUUAUGGUGGAUAGGCACCCUCAAUUUAGACAUUCGAGGUGUUUGUUUGUGGUGAGAAGAGACGGCGGUUGGAUAGAUUUCUCCUACCAGAAGUGUCUUCGAGCGUAUAUACGAGAGAUGUACCCGUCUUAUGCAGAUAGAUUUAUUAAAGAACAUUUUAAGAGAGGAAUUAGUAGUGGUUGAUGAAAUUUU